CUUAAAUAUUUCAACAAAGUGCUAACAAAUUUUAGUUAUAAAUGAAUAUAUCAAACGAAAUUGAAAAUAGAUUUGUAUAGAAUUAGAAAGAUAAAAGAAAAAUCGGUCUACCAUUUAAUCGCAAAAUGUCGAAAGUGUUUUUGUUUCCCAUUGCGGUCUUUUUGUUAUUUCAAACGACAUUUAUUUGCACAUAUAUUGCAUCUGUAUUAGAGGGUCAUGUUGUCCCCGAUAUUCCUUACAUCAGUGACAGCGCUACGUAUUCACCCGAGAGCUGCGUUUUUGGUCAACUCAUAAAUACGGGAUGUGUGUUAUUGGGCAUUGUUGUUUAUAUUCGGUAUAGACAAAUCCAACAAUUGAUUUAUCAUCAUCCCAGUUUAAUGGAAACAACGGCCAAAAUGAACCAGAUUGCAUUGUGGCUUGGAAUCGGCUCGGCCAUCGGUUGCAGUAUCGUGGCUAAUUUUCAAGAAACAAAUGUCCGUAUCAUGCAUUAUGUCGGCGCUCUUAAUUGUUUUGGACUUGGAACCGCUUAUUUCUGGCUACAGGCAAAUCUCACCUACAAUAUAUCACCGUAUAUUGGAUCAGUGAGAUUAGCGCACGCACGACUUGGAUUGGCGGUUUUGUGUACAAUCUUUUUUACCGUUGUUGCAGUAACUGGUGUUAUUUCUCAUAUUUUGUUCGACGGCCAAGAUCCCCGAAAGUGGUAUCCAUCAGAUGGAGGCUGGAAAUAUCACGUUGCAUCAACAAUUUCUGAAUGGAUAGUUGCCACAGUGUUCUGCUUUUACAUUUUAUCAUUCACCGACGAAUUUAAGCUCAUUUCAUUUGAUCAUCCACCUAUUGCAAUCGCAGGCUAUGAAGAUUUGAAAUCAAAUGAAAAUGAACAUGUGGACGCUUAGCUUUCACCUAUCGAUUCAAAUAUCUCGAAUAAUUUUUUUUAAUGUGAUUCAGUCUGUGACAUAAGAUUAUUUCCAUUGUAUUAUCGUUGAAUUUAUUGAGUAAAUAAUACACCAAACAGU